AUGGAAGAAUGUAGUAGAAAGCUAGAAGAAUUAUUAAAACAAAAAGAAAAAGGAUUAGCCCAGGAUGUAUCAAAUGUUAAUAAUAAUAAAAGUAACAAUUACAUUAAUAGUAAUAAUAAUCACUCUAUGAUGAAGGAAUUAUUAAAUAAUGUUGUAGAUAUAAUAAAGCUAACGAAUAAAAUUUCAUAUAAUUCUUUAUAUAAUGACAAUAUAGAUGUGUUAAGAAAUAAUAAUGUAGAUAUAAAAAAUUUACAGAAUGACUUACUAAAAAUUGUGUAUGAUUUAUUAUAUCAUUCUAGUAAUGAAAUGAAACAAAAAGAAUUAGUAAAUAUAAAAAAUGAUGAUAAUUGUAGUUUUUUAAAAGAUAAUUAUCAUAUUAUAUCAUCCACAUUAGAAGAAAUAUAUACUAGAAUUAGACACAGUUUUCUUUUUUUUCAUAAAGAUAUGAAAAUGAAUACAGAUACAUAUAAUAAUAAUAAUAAUAAUAAUGAUUAUAAUACAAACAAGGAUGUAUCAUCAUAUCAAAGAAACAAUAAUUAUAUAAAUACAGAACAUUCUAAUAUUACUGAUAAGAAGUUUUUAGAAGAAAAUAAAAAUGAAAAUAUAUUAAAUCAUCAUAUAAUUAAUAAUAAAAAUGAAAAAAAUGAUAUUAUUCAAAUGGUUAAAAAUAAAACUAUAAAAGAUGAAAAUAAGGUGUAUGUGAAUGAUGAAGAUAUAGUAAUUAUUAAAAAUGAUGAUGAUGAUAAUGAUUUGAAAAAAAUAAAUAUAAAUGACAAUGAACAUAUAAAUGAAUAUGAAAAGAUUCAUUAUAAUAACCAUUGUAAUGAUAUAUGUGCAGAAGAAAACACCAAAAGGUUUCAUCAUGAGGAUAUAAAAACCAAAAAAGAUAUUAAUAAAAAUAAUGUAAAAAAUAACAAUAAUAGUAUUAAUAAUAUGAAAGACAAUAAAUCAUAUAAUAAUAUGAUGAAUGUAAAAAUACAAAAAAAUAUAAAAAAAAAAAAAAAAGACAAAAAAAUAAAAAAUAAAACAGAUAUCGAAUUUUUUAAAGAAUAUUCAAAUAAAAUACAAAAUGGAUGGUUACAUCUAACAAAUAAUUAUUCUAAAUAUUUCAUUCCUAGAAUUCCAUUUAAAUAUAACCAAUUAAUUGAAUUAGAAGAUAAUUUAAUUGAGGCCAUGAAGUGGCAAGAAGAUAAUAUUAAAAAAAAAUUAAUUUUAUUAAAUAUGCAAAGAAAUUAUGAAAAUGAUGAAUUGGAAAAUAUAAAUGUAAAUGAUAUUAUAAAUAAAAUAUUUGAUAAUAAUAGUAAUAAUAAUAAUAAUAUGUUAGAUAAUCAUGUUGAUGAUUAUAAUAAUAAAUAUAAUGAAGAACAUAUUAAUGACCAAACAUUUAUAGAUGAUGAUAAAAAUUCAGAGCAUUCAUUUGUAUCCUCAGAUAUUUCCUUGUCUUCAUACAAAGAUAAUGUUAAUAAAGAAUUAUUUCAUAAAUUAUUAAAAAAAUUAAAUAAAGAAAUAAAUAAAUAUUCUUAUAAAUUUAGUAAUUUAAAUCAUCCAUAUAAAUAUGAAAUAGAAAAUAUUAUUAAAGAAUAUAGAAAUUAUGACAACAAUUUUAAAUUUUCAAAUUUUUUACAAAUAAAUAAUGAAUUAAAAAAAUUGGAAGAUGUAAAUAAAAAAACAUAUAAAAUAAUACAUAAUAAAAACGAUUUAAUGAAUAUGAUAAAUGAUAUAAAAUUAAAUUAUCCUGAAAAAAAAAUUUCUAUUAUGAUAAAAGUAAAUUAUAAAAGAACAUAUAGAGGAUUUACAUCUAUUAUUAUGAUAGGAACGAAUAAUAUGAAUUAUAUAAUUGAUGUUUUUAAUAUUUUUGAAGAUUUAUAUGUAAUCAAUGAUAUAACAACAGAUCCUAAUAUAUUAAAAAUUACGUAUAAUGCUCCAAAUAUUAUAACACAACUACAAAAAGAUUUCUCUAUAUAUUUUAUUAAUAUUUUUGAUAUAGAUAUAUGUUGUAAUUAUCUAAAUUUAAAAAACGAUCUGAAUUAUUUAAUAUAUAAUUAUUUUAAUACUAUACUUUAUUAUAAAAAUAAAAUAAUUCAAAACGUUUUAAUCACACGACCAAUAGAAGCAGAUAUGAUUGAUCUGAUACAAAAUGAAUUUUCUUUUUUAUAUGAUCUUUUUGAUUAUAUCAAAAUGGAUGUAUAUUAUAAUUAUAUAUUUAAUAAUAAUAAAAUAGAAAACUCGAAACAUAUGAAAAUGCAGAUACAAAAUGAUAAUGUAGAUGAAAAUUGUGAUAAUACAUCUGAAUAUCAUUCAAAAGAUGAGGGAAUACAAACUUAUAAAGAUGAUGAAGAUACAAAGGAUAUUAUUAAUAAACAACAUAUAUAUGUUAAUUUUCAAACAUUGAAAUGCAGUGAUAUAUCAGAAGAAGAAAAAAAAAAUGGAGAACAAAUUAUAAGAAAUAUAUUUAUAGAAAGUAAUCUUUUAUGUCAUAAUAUGGUUAAACUAAAAGAUGUUUGUAAUAUUGAAAAGACAAAAGAACACAUAAAAAAUAUUGUUAAUACAUCAUAUAAUAUCAAUGCAUGUGAUCAUUUAAUAUAUAAUAUUUUAUAUUGGAGGGAAGAACUAGCCAAAAAGUUAGAUGAAACACCUGAUAGUAUAAUUAAUAUUCAUAAUAUAAUAUCCAUUCUUUUAAACAUGUCUACUACAUUAUCAAGUUUAAAAAAUAAUAUCAUACCUUUAUCAAAUAUUAUAUCAGAAAAUUUAGAGACAUUACUAGAAAUAAUAAUAAAAUCAAGUAUGCAUGAAAAAAAAAAAAAUCAUAAUCAAUUUUAUGACGAUUAUAUUAAUAAUCAAAAUGAUAAUAUGAAUGAUGAACAAAAUAAUAUCAAAUUAUAUACCCAUAAUAAAAAUAAUAAUUUAUAUAGUCAUAAUAAUAUCGAUUCAGUUAUUCUUACAAAUUUACAUUUUCAUUAUAUUUCAAACGAUCAAAAAGCUCUUGAAAAAAAUAGUGAUACUCAAAAAGAUAUAUUACAAAAUGAAGAAAAAGAAAUAGCUCAUUCGAACAUUCAUAUAAAAAAUUCUUUUCUUUUAGAACAAACUCUUUUUUCGGAUGACGAAAAUGAUAAAUCUUAUAUCAAUAAUAUAAAUUAUAUAAAAAAUCUAAAUAUUAUAAAAAGAAAUCCUUAUUUAAAACAUAAAGAAUAUAGUUCCCAGCCAAAAUUAAUUCAUUUGAAUAAAAACACUCAUAUGAAUAAUUUUAACAAUAAUGAUAAUUAUAAUGAAAAUAUAAAAAAUAGCUCAGUGGUUAAGAAAAGCAUUGAUAAAAAUAUUGAUAAAAAUAUUUAUAAAAGUAUUGAUAAAAAUAUUGAUAAAAAUAUUGAUAAAAAUAUUGAAAAAAAUAUUCAUAAUAAUAAAAAGAAAGAUAAAAAUAUUUAUCAAUCAUACAAUCAACAAUAUAAUAUUAAGAAAACAAAGGGUUUAUACAGCAAAAAUAUAUUAAGCGAAAUAAAUAGACAAUAA